AUGAUCGGCAUUAUUCUACUUGGAGCACUUGUUGCUACGCUUGUGUUGUAUUUUGGAUACUCGUCUACAGCAGCAACAACGGCGACAGCAACAACAACAACAGCAACUACAGCAACGACAACAACCGCAUCAACGACAACAACCGCAUCAACGACAACAUCCACGACAACGACAUCAGUAACAACCACAACAACAACAACCGCAACAACAACAACCGCAACAACAACAACCACAACAACAACAACAACCACAACAUCAGCAACCACAACAACAGCAACCACAACAACAACAACCACAACGACAAGUGAGUAA